AUGAAAGCGCAGUCUCCUAAUUCAAUCAAGGUCCUUUCUGGGAAGUCACAUCCGGCGUUGGCUAACUCCAUCUGUGACAUCCUCGGGAUCAAAGUUAGCAGAAUCAUGAUCAAAAGAUCUGUCAAUGAGGAAUCAGUGAUCUCUGUGGGGGAAACCAUGAGAGACGAUGAUGUGUAUAUUGUUCAGACCGGCUGUGGUGAAUUUGAGGUCAAUGACCAUCUUAUGGAACUUCUUAUGAUGAUCAGGGCUUGCAAGUCAGCAUCGGCAAGAAAGGUUACUGUGGUGAUUCCAAACUUCCCUUAUGCUAGACAAGAUAGAAAAGACAAGAGCAGAGCUUGUAUCACUGCAAAAUUGAUGGCCAAUCUCUUGCAAACUGCCGGAGCCGACCAUGUCAUCACCAUGGACUUGCAUGCCUCGCAAAUUCAAGGAUUCUUCACCAUCCCGGUUGAUAAUUUAUACGGUGAACCAAGUGUCAUAGCGUACAUCAAAGAAAACAUACCAUAUAAGGAGUCAAUAAUAAUAUCACCGGAUGCUGGAGGAGCCAAAAGAGCUGCAUCGUUGGCAGACAAGUUGGAUUUGAAGUUUGCGUUGAUUCACAAGGAACGCCAGAAGGCCAAUGAAGUGAGCAGAAUGGUGCUUGUUGGGGAUGUCAAAGAUAAAGUGUGUAUAAUUGUUGAUGAUAUGGCUGAUACUUGCGGUACUUUGGCCAAGGCGUCUGAUACUUUGCUAUCGCACGGUGCCAAAAAAGUGUUGGCGAUUGUCACCCACGGUAUUUUAUCGGGAAAUGCUAUUAGUAAUAUCAAUAACAGUAGUUUGGACAGUGUGGUCUGCACCAAUACUGUUCCAUUCGAUUCUUUGAUGGACCAAUGUCCUAAAUUGAAAAAGAUUGAUAUCAGUCCUACAUUGGCGGAAGCUAUUAGAAGAUUGCACAACGGGGAAAGUGUGUCAUAUCUUUUCACACAUUCCGCUAUUGUUUAA